AUGUUAGAUUUUGCCUCUCCCUCUGAAAAGCCACAUGAGGGAGUAUGCAGCUUCGCCAAACUCCAGGAGGUCUUGAAGAGUCACAUCAGAUUAAAGAGGGUUCUGCUUGUUUUAGAUGAUGUCUGGGAUGACAUGAGUGACUGCCGAUGGAACCAACUAUUGGCUCCUUUCAAGUCCAAUAAUGCAAGGGGCAAUAUGAUUCUUGUGACAACUAGAAAUAUGUCUGUUGCAAAAAGAAUAGGAACAACUGGACCAAUUAGAUUACAUGCUUUGGGAAAUGAUGAUAUAUGGCUGUUGUUCAAAGCAUGUGCAUUUGGUGAUGAGAACUAUGCAGGGCAUAGAAGUCUAAGCAUCAUUGGGAAGCAAAUUGCAGAUAAACUAAAGGGCAACCCAUUAGCGGCAGUAACCGCUGGGGCACUGUUAAGAGAAAAGCUUACCAUUGAUCAUUGGGGUAACAUUCUAAGGAAUGAAGACUGGAAAUUGCUAGGGCUCAAUGGAGGCAUUAUGUCCGCUUUGAAGCUUAGCUAUGAUCAUCUGCCGUACCAUUUACAUCAGUGCUUCUCGUAUUGUUCUAUCUUCCCCGACAAUUAUCAGUUUCUUGGUGAGGAGUUGGUCCAGAUAUGGAUUUCACAAGGUUUUGUGAAACAUAGGCAUUCAAAUAAAAUAUUGGAGAAGAUGGGAAUGGACUAUCUGGAUGAUUUGCUGAACCUGGGCUACUUUCACCAAGUUGGAAGACAAAACUCCUCUCAAGGCAGUCAAAAUUGCUAUGCUAUGUGUGGUCUUAUGCGUGAUUUUGUGAGGAUGGUUUCGAGAACCGAGUGUGCAAUUACAAAUGAUCUGCAAUGCAAUGACAUUUUGCCAACUGUACGGCAUCUGUCAGUAGUGACUGGUUACGCAUACAACAAAAAUCAGGUUGGGAACAAACAUUGCAGUAACAAUUUUGAAGAAAAUUUGCGAAAUAAAGUUACAUCAUUGAGAAAAUUGAGGACAUUGGUAUUGAUUGGGCAGUUCGACUCUUCCAUGUUGCAAUCCUUCCAAGACAUACUCCGAGAGGCACAUAAUCUUCGUCUAUUACAGAUUUCUGGAACAUCUGCUGAUUAUAAUUCCCUCAUGUGCAGUUUGGUAAAUCCUACCCAUCUUCGCUAUCUAAAGCUCAAAGUCGAUGAGGUGCACGAGGGUUUGCCUCAAGUUUGGAGCAAGUUUUGCCAUCUUCAAGUAUUAGAUGUCGCCUCAAACAUUGAUUCUAAUGUAAUUUAUGGCAUGAGUAAUGUUCCCAGCUUGCGGCACCUUGCUUCAAAAGAGGGAGUGCACUCUUCCAUUGCUGGAAUUGGUGAAUUGAUCUCACUUCAGGAGCUGCACAAUUUCAGUGUUCAAGAUUCUAAUGGCGUCGAUAUUAUAGAACUUCAAUCCAUGAAUGAACUUGUACGACUUGGGAUUUCUCAACUGCAAAAUGUUAAAACUAGGGAAGAGGCAUACCAGGCUAGACUGAGGGACAAGCACCAGUUGGAAAAGCUGCACUUGUCUUGGAAUGGUACCUCGUCACAUGAUGAAUAUGAUCAUGGCAUGAGCUCUGAAAUGGAGGUGCCCUUGCUGGUAGAGGUUCUUGAGGGUCCCGAAACUUGUACCAGCGUCGAGAUGGAGGAAUGCUUGCCAAAACAGGUGACUGAGGGUCUUCAAACUUCUAGCAGCAUAGUGAUGGAUUGCUUUCAAAUAGACGUGCUCGAGGGUCUUGAGCCAAACAGCAACCUGAAGCAUCUUCAGAUAUCUGGGUAUAAUGGGGCUCUCUCUCCAUUUUGGCUUGCCAGCAAUACCCCAGUUACCUCAUUGCAGACGCUUCAUUUAGAGAACUGUGGAGAAUGGCGGAUACUUCCAUCUCUGGGAAGUCUUCUGUUUCUUACAAAGUUGAAAUUGAGCGGCAUGCAGAAAGUAGUAGAAGUAUUUGUUCCUUCCUUGGAAGAAUUGGUGUUAAUUAAAAUGCCAAAGUUGGAGAGGUGCCUUUGCAUUUCCAAGAGGGACUUGAACUCUAGUUUAAGGGUUCUGAAGAUUAAGUGGUGCCCUGUAUUGGAGGUGUUUGAUCUGUUUGGGAACGGGCAGGAACUGAAAAUUGAGGAGCCAUGGUUGCCUGGUCUUCGUGAGCUGAUUGUUCAUGAUUGUCCUCAUUUGCUGAUACCACAUUGUUUACCAUCUUCAAGUACCUUUAGAAUUUUCAACAGGAAAGUUUCAAAAUUUGCAAGAAUUCAAGGUUGGUCCUCCGAAAGAUUAACCAUCUGUAUUUUACACAAGAAUUUUGAGGAAUCUUCUUCCGAUGAGGAUUUCAGUGAGUUCUGUGGUGAGCAAUUGGUGUUAGAUGGCAACAUUAUGGCACCGCAUAAUCUGCGGUUCUUGACUCGCUUGAAAAUAGAAGGUUGCCAAGAUCUAUUGUCUGUUUCAUUCAAAGGAUUAAGGAAACUCGUGUCCUUGAAGACGCUGAAAAUACGCAACUGUGGAAAACUUUUCUCUCCAGCUAUUCUGCGAGAGCAUGUCAAUGAGGAUGUGACAGUUGCAAAUUGUGGUGCCCUCCCAUCUCUUCAAUGCCUCAGUAUCAAGUCAUGUGGAAUAACAGGGAAGUGGCUAUCUCUGAUUCUGAAGCAUGCUCUAGUCCCAGAGGAACUGAUUUUACAGGACUGCCCUGAAAUAACACGGUUGUCAAUAGAACCAGAAGAAAACAAUGUAUCAAAUGUUAUCUCAGCCCCAAAUGCGUCAACACUGACAAGUUCAGCUCAAGACAGGCUCUUGUGUAUUCCGUUAAAUCUCGUAUCCUCUCUGAAGAAGAUAUCAAUUUGUGAAU